CAGAAAGGCUGCAGUCUCAUCUUCUGUAUCCAGCUGUGCAGCAGGCUUCGGGGUUGGGCUUGGACACCUUAUUGCUUUCUUUCACCAUGAGCUGCAGCAUCAAGAGAACGUCCAGCACUUCUUACAGAAGCGGUGGAGGGGGAGGCCUCUGUGGCGGGGGCAGUGGCAGGAGUUCCUCCAGCUCCUCCAGGCGAUAUGCCUCCUCUGUGAUAGGCGGUGGAAGCUAUGGCGGGGGAGCAUGCGGCAUUAGCUAUGGAGGGCCCAUGUAUGCUGGCGGCCUUGCUUGUGGCUUCGGUGGAGGCCUGGGAGGUGGCUUUGGUGGUGGUCUGGGCGGAGGCUUUGCUGCUGGGGGCGAUGUCCUUCUGAGCGGCAAUGAGAAGGUCACCAUGCAGAACCUGAAUGACCGCCUGGCUUCUUACCUGGAGAAGGUGCGAAGACUGGAGGAGGAAAAUGCUCAGCUUGAGCAGUACAUUCGGGAGUGGUACAGGAAACAAGCUCCCAGUGUCUCAAAGGACUACUCCUCCUACUACCAGACCAUCGAACAACUCCAGAAUCAGAUCAUUUCUGCCACUGUGGACAACAACAAACUGCUUCUGGACAUCGACAACAGCAAGAUGACUGCUGACGACUUCCGAAUGAAGUAUGAGAACGAACUGGUCAUUCGUCAAAGUGUGGAGGCUGAUAUCAAUGGCUUGAGAAAUCUCAUGGAUGAGCUGACUCUGGUUAGGUCUUCUCUGGAAUCAGAGCUGGAGUCCCUGAAGGAUGAGCUGAUUGCUCUUAAGAGAAACCAUGAAGAGGAGAUGAGGCAGCUGCAGUCCCAAACUGGUGGCGACGUGAGCGUGGAGGUCAAUGCUGCUCCUGGCGAAGAUCUGACAAAGACACUAAACGACCUGAGAAACGAAUACGAGCAGAUCAUUGAGAAGAACCGCAGAGAGGUUGAACAGUGGUAUGAAGUCAAGAUUGAAGAAGUCAAUCGGCAGGUCACCUCUAGCAGUCAGGACAUCCAGACAAGCAGCCACCAGCUCACCGAACUGAGACGCGAAAUGCAGAACCUGGAGAUUGAACUGCAGGCACAGCUCAGCACGAAAAACUCUCUGGAAAACUCCUUGGCAGAAACCGAAUCUCGCUAUGGCUUCCUGCUGCAACAAAUCCAAGGCCAGAUUAACUCUGUAGAGGAGGAGCUGGCCAGUAUUCGGUGUGAGAUGGAGAGUCAGAACCAAGAAUACAAGAUGCUCCUGGGCAUCAAGACCCGCCUGGAACAGGAGAUUGCUCAGUACCGGGCACUGCUGCAGGAGGGACAGCAAGACAUUGUCAUGUCUCAAGGGUCUGUCCAAGGAGGGGGAGGAUCCUGCCAUUCCUACUCUUCCACUUCCUACUCUCAAAGUCAGUAUGGUGACAAGACAGGGCAGUCAAGAGUGUGUUAGGAUACAAGUAAUGACGCUGGUGUCCUCUGAUCUACUUACCACUGUCUGACCAACCCGGUGUACAAGGAGAUAACACACACAGCACAUUCACUGUGUGCCUCCACGACUGCUCCACGGAUCGCUCCACAAAAGUUAUUCAUGAAGCUAAGAUGACUCCUCUCUAGGCCUCUUCUAAAACUACCUACUUCUUCCUUUUUGCAUUGUUCUUCAUAUGCAAUCACUGUAAUCUAUAUUCAUUAAUCUGCACUGAAGUUGAUAGCUAUCUCUAAUAAAACUUUACUUUUCUGCAAUGCAAAGAAAAA